AUGGACUCCGGGAGAACCAGACGAUGUCGUUUUGGUGGGGUUGAGAUUCAUUCCAAGGAACGCCGUCGUUUUGGAGUUAUUUGGGGUUCCAAUAGCUCUGUUAGACUAUGGAGUGAUGACGAAGCAGAAGUGAGCUCUCAUACCACUCGACCUAUAAGCUUUGAAAUUCCUAGUAGAUGCUACUGCGGUUUGUUGACUGCGCUCAAAAUGAUGAACCAUGCGGAUGAAUAUCCUGGUCGGAUGUUCUUCGGGUGCAAGGAUUACAAGCUCGGCCCCCCUCAUCUGGUGAAGUGGUGGGACGAGGCUAUGAUGGAGGAGUUCGAAGAAGUAAGAUGUACCAUGGAGAACCAGGGAGCACGCCUCACUGAAGCUCAAAAUGCAGAUCGUGAAGACCUUACGCGGAAUGAGGCAUAA